AUCACUAGGAAAACUAGAAAUUUAUUUGUUUUUUGUGCUACUGUACAUUGUGUACAAUCUCUGAGCGAACUUUACGGUUUUUAUUACACUUUCACUUAGUAUGCUGCAUUGUAUUUGGCCAUUGCGGCACUGUCCAUUAACUAUUAAGAAAGCAUUAAAUAAAGUUCGACUGGCCAAAGUGAUUUUCUACCAUAUCUGGGAUCCCCGUGUAUCAUCGCGCAUGCCUUCAGUUUUUGGCAGCUCUGUGUACGAUUUUCCUGUACUAUAGUCAGUGGAACUGCGGAAUGGACAGGGACGAUGAGAAUGAUCCGGAGUAUUUCGCCGAAGACGACGGCGACGUGCACGACGAUGCAGCUGAUCACGACAUGGACGACGACGCGGAUGAACCGUCGUCACUCGAUCACACCAGUCUGGAGUUCUCCACAUCCGCACCCGCCGCCGAAAUCCGUGAUUUCUGCUUAAGCAAAUUCCGUACCAUGGAUUUCAUUAUGGAGCCGUCGUUGAUGGAGUUCCUGAAUCGGUAUUUUGCAUCGGAUGGUGAUGCGGCCUCAGCGAUCGAAGCACUGUCGACGUCCUACGAAGGACUGGCGCAGUAUGUGAAUCUGUUCGCCGAGUGGCUGAUCAUUCUGGGCGAUGAGCCGACGAAAGUGAAGGAACUAAUUGAGAACUACAUGGAAAAUAUCCUGGUGAGCAGUUUUGAUCCGCGCAAAGCCGAUCGGAUUUUCCUGCAGGAAGGCGGCAAUACACAUUGGUUAAAUGAUCUAAUUCAGCAUAAACACUGGCGGAAAAUGAUCUAUAAAUUGGUGGAAACCCAUGGAGAAUCGUUGAUGCUGAAUUUUACCAUCAAAUUGAUUGCUGAUGCUGGACAUCAGAACGAAAUCCCCACGACCAUCACGGCUGUCAGUCAGACGGAUGUUUUCACACGCGUCUUCGACUCAGCCAUGGGCCGACUGAUUGACCGGCAGGAGAACGCUCUGCUGGACUUCGCGCGUCUGGUGGCGAACGGUGAAUCCACAUUCCUCGUCGCCCAGUUGGUGAUGUACAGUCUCGCAUACGAGGCGCCGGGUGGAUUGAAUCUAAUGAGGAUCAUGCAGGAUGUCAGUGACAGUGUGAAAAAUCAACACAUCCUCCACAUUCUCCUCAUUAUUGCCCGUGGUGCGGCCUGGCCGCGUGCUAUGCAAGCCGUCGCUUCCAUGUCGUCCAAGAAGAGCCUGAAUCCGGCAGACAUUCACAUUCUACAUCAGAUGUACAUUAUCGCCAAUCCCGCGGAUUCUCUGGGCCCACCUCCGGUGGCUUUGCUACGCUUCCGGGACUUUCUUGAUUUGUUAGUGGAAAGUCUCUUCAGUUUGGAAUCCAAGAUACCUUCGGAUCACCGCAUCCGUUAUAUAUCGUUGCUGGCUUACGCCGCGUCCGUUGUGGAAAAAUGGACAACACCCAGUAAGAAAUCUCCGAUUCCCAUGCGACUGGAGAUCAAUCGCGACGAUGUGAAAGUCACACAGGAAAUGAUCCGCAAAGCCUUGGAAUUCAUCGCCAAAGGCCCGAAUGAUAUCCACACGGAACUGCAGAAUAUUUUUACGGUUCUGCGCUUUCCCGUUAUCUCCAUGGGAAUGAUUCGCUGGAUUGGGAAAACGGUGAAGCAGGCCAGUUAUUUUAAAUUUGCCGGUGAAUCCCGUAAUACACCGGUGCACUUGAUUAUACUCGAUGAGAUUGCAAGCCUGCAUCCCUAUCUCCACGAGAAAAUCUUGGAUCUGCUAAUGGAAUUGUUUGAAACCGCCUGGCCGCAGAUGGACAUGCUCAUCCGCCUCGAAUUACAGAAAAUGUUUCUGGAUCGGAUGAUCCAUUUGGUCAGUUGUGGAUGUGUACUACCUGUGCUCAGAUUUGUGCGUGCCGCCUACGCCAAACAAGAUACCGAUGUUUCGCUAUUUCGACAUUUUGUUGUGGAGCUGGUUGAUAUUAUGGCGCCGCCUUAUUCAGAUGAGUUAAUGCAGUUGCUGUUGCCUCUUGUCUCGGAUAAAGAUAUUACGGGAACACUACGUACGGCCGAUGGGAAAGAUAGUAUUUCUGUGUUUUUACAGGAUUGCAAAGCUUCAACGUAGUUGGAGUGUUUUCCAGAUUAUUGUUGAUUUCGAUAAUGUUUCUUUGUUCUCAUAUUUUAUCAGUGCUACAGAUUACCGUUUGCUCACGGUAUUUGAAAUUUGAAUACAGUCUGAUGUUCGCACGUGUUGUACAUGAUCAAAAGAACUGUAUAUAGAUAUUUGUCCAAGUAGGUGUGUCCUAAUCCAACAAACGCGACAUGAGUC